AUGACAAUACCGAUCUCCUCCAUCAUCUCUACUCUGGUCGUGGCGUUUGCCCCACUCCUCUUCGUCUUUGUCCUUCCCAGGCUGGCUCGGACUGUCGGACUCUUUCUAGGAUGGACUUUGAAGAAGAAGACUGAGGGGAGGAGAGCUCACAUAGUGGCCAUCAUGGAUCAGGAGAGUAGAAAGUCAAGGCCGUCAUCGGCGACAUCCUCGGAGAAGAGUGCUGCUGCCGGUUUGGAAACAAAGAGCACGUCCAGUGGCGAGUGGCAGAAUGUGCAGGAUCCUUCUGACAAGUUGUGGGACGGUAUUGUCGGCUUCUUUCACCCUUUCUGCAACGCUGGGGGAGGUGGCGAGCGAGUCUUGUGGGCUGCCAUCCGCGCUACCCAAGACCGUUGGCCCAAUGCCAAAUGUGUCGUUUACACCGGUGACCAUGAUGUGACCAAGGACCAGAUUCUAUCACUCGUCAAGAGCCGUUUCAACAUUGAACUGCACGCCCCAAACAUCACUUUCCUCUACCUCUCCAAGCGCCACUGGGUCCUAGCCAGCACAUGGCCUCACUUUACUCUCCUCGGCCAGUCCCUGGGCUCCAUCGUGCUGGCCUGGGAUGCCUUCAAGCUCCUCGUGCCCGACAUCUUCAUCGACACGAUGGGCUACGCCUUUUCGCUUGGCUUCAGCAAGUUUCUCUUUCCUGGCGUCCCCACCGGUGCCUACGUGCACUACCCCACCAUCUCCACCGACAUGCUCGACUCUCUGGAUCCUGACUCGGAGCUCGGCACUCGCGGUGUCAACGGCGGCCAGGGUGUCGGCGUACGCGGCCUGGCCAAGAAGGUGUACUGGAAGCUGUUUGCCCGCGUGUACUCAUGGGUCGGCUCGUCGAUUGACGUGGUCAUGGCCAACUCGACCUGGACGCGCACGCACAUCCGUGCCCUCUGGGGUCCCUUCCGCGGCGACAAGGACAAAGACCACCCUAUCACGGCCGUGUACCCGCCCUGCGCCGUGCGGGAGCUGGAAGAUGAGGUCCCCGUGUCCGAGGCGACCGAGGCCCUGCGCGGAAAGGUCCUGGUGUACAUUGCCCAGUUCCGCCCGGAGAAGAACCACCAGCUCAUCAUCGAGUCGUUUGCCAAGUUCGUCCGUACCGAGUCCGACGCCGCUCGCGACGCCAAGCUGGUCCUCAUCGGCAGCGUCCGCGACGACGCCGACUCCAAGCGCGUCUAUGAGCUCCGCCUCCUCGUCAACGAGCUGCGCAUCAAGGACCACGUCAUCUUCCACCUCGACGCCCCCUGGCCCGACGUCCUCGACUGGCUGCGCAGGGCGUCGGUCGGCGUAAACGGCAUGUGGAACGAGCACUUUGGUAUCGGUGUAGUGGAGUACCAGGCUGCCGGUCUCGUCUGCGUAGUCCACAACAGUGGUGGCCCCAAACUCGACAUUGCUGUAGAAAUUGACGGACAGCCAACUGGUGAGCUUUGUUACCUCCUCUCCUCCUCUACUUCUCUGCCCCCCUCCUCCCCUCUUAUCUUACUAACCCCUUCCUCUCUAGGCUUUCACGCCACCACAGUCGACGAAUUCGCUGAAUGCUACGAAAAGGCUCUGUCCCUCAAGGAUCCGCUCGCAUGGCGUCUCCGCGCAAGGAAGUCGGCCCUGAGGUUCACAGAAGAGGAAUUCGCCAGGGAAUGGCUCGCCCAGGCGGAGAGGUUGGUAGCCCUCACCAAGUAA